AUGCGUCGUGUGUGUUUGUCGAAACGCACUCAAGUGGGAACAGUUCCACAGUUGGCCUUGCGCUUUAACAAUAACAACAACAACAGCAGCAGCAGCAACAACCAUAGUAACAGUGGUAAUACUGUGGGUGUGGAACUGCCCGAUCCACCAUAUGCUUUGCCUACAUCCUCUCGAUUUGAUGCUGAAAGAGGUGGUAUGUUUGAUAAGAAUUGGUUACUGCAGCUUCCAAAACAGAAACCACUACUGCGCAAUAGUGUGUAUUUACCAAGUAAGGAAGAACUAUGGAGAACACCAGCGUAUCAAGGACUGGAGAUCAUAGCGGAAAGUCUUCCAUACCAUGACGUUCUUCGUUACAUCAUGGAACACAAUUUCUUUUUCUUAUUUAAAACACUCCUCAAAUCACGUGAUGCACCACUCCCACAUGUGAUGUAUGAGGAUUUCAUGAAAUGCCGAACCUUUUCAUCAUUGCAGAAUCCACCUGAAGAACAGUUUGCGUUAUCACCCACGCUACUCCGUUCACUCCUCUGUAUGGCAGCACAUCAAUGUAUUCUCGAUCCACAUUACUUCACCACAUGCCAAAUGCUCUUUCGACGUAUAGAACAACAACAGAGUGUUUCAUCGGAGGUGUUGUCAGCAUGGGUGUACUGUUGUGCCGCUAGUGGAAAAGUGGAUGAUGCACUCACAUACGCCAAAUAUAUGGCAGAUCACGAUAUCCCGUUUGACGAAACGGUCUUUUCUCUCAUGCAACAUCCCUCUAUUGAUCCUGUGGCAGCAGAGCACAAUGCUGUAUCGCACGCUGCAAAGGGUCUCUUGCUGCAGCGUCGUCUGAGUGGUCGCUUACAUACAGUCUACCGCAGUGAUAGUGUGGCCGCACACGGUAUGUUUGUCUUCUAUGCAUUGACAUUAAGUCACGCCAAAAAAUGGGAAGUAAUUCGCGCUGCAGCUUCACUUGGUGUGGGACUCACAGAGCGGACUCUCUCAUUAGCGGUUGAAGUGUACGCCCGUGAAAAGGGAUUACGCUGCGGCCCAAAGACCGUGAAAGCCUUUUCUCUCUUUCUUGCGCGUGAUGGAACGGUAGGAAAUCUUCUCUAUGUACUUCUCCGUACGAGAAAGAAUGAACUGUUACCAGACUUUCAGGGAUUAGCAAAGACCGCCUUUAGUGUAGAGGAACAGAAAGAAAUACUACACUGUGUGGAGUAUAGGGCGCGGCGUGAUGAAGGCUUUGCGGCCGCACGUUCGCUUCUCUCCACACUCGUAGGGGAGGAUGAACCACAUGAGCUCUUUCGCGCCCUCUCACACACUGUGCGGGCAAACAACAGCUCUGGUACAGCAGAUGUGGGUGAGAGUGAUGAGAGUUCCAACAUGAAUGCAGUGGUAACAUCUGUACAAUCAAUAUUGCGGGAUGUGGAUACAUUAGAUAAGGCAAGUAGUAAGGCAUCAACAACACCAACAACAUCAGUUGCUGCUGGACGUGGGGUUGAAAAGACUGGGGAGUAUCGUUUCACCGUGAAGGAUGAAAAUGUACUGCAAGAGGAACUGGAAAAAUUGUAUGAUUGUAAUCUCCCAACUUCUAUGCGUGAACUUGCGCAAAUGCACAUUCUUGAGGAGGCAGAACUCGCGGAAAGAGUUAAACGACUUUCUGAAGCGUGGGUGAAUCCCGAUAGUUUAUAG